AUGUCCCAUGUUCAAGAAUACACCUCACUAUGGUGGCCAGAAGAGCGCAUCAAAGCCACUCUCAACGCAAAAUACAUCGUCAGCCGUCUGCGACAAGAAAAUAUCCCGCGAUUGUUCGAAUUGCCCGACUGGGGCGAAGGCCUGACGAGCGAAACAUACAUGGAAUGGAUCCUCACCAAGGCCGGACGUGUCUUCUUGAUUCUCGAUGCUAUCGGUAUCCCCGAUCGGAUCUUUGCGCUAGUCGAUCAAUCCUGCGACGAUGACGAUCUACCGAUCGCCGAGCACAGCGUGGAUCUAUUGUGUCUUUCCCCGGAUGGGGAGGAGGACAUCGCCCUCGACACGCGCUUCUUCCACAUGCAAUGGCGGUUUCUGGUCCGUGGCAUUGGCGAGGGAGAACACGUCGUCUACACCGAGAACGAAGGUGUCCCCGUCGAGGUAGUGCGAAGCAGCACCAGCGGCGGACUCCACGGCCGAGACGAGACAGUCGAUAAAGUGAUUCUCGCCGGUUCAGUCUGUCGAGUCUACAUGCGCACGCAAGUCAAAGUUGGCGGCGCGCCACAUUUCUUCUCUUCUGACGAGGUCCUCACUGAAAUCCGUCAGCUGAGAAGGCUAUCCCACGAACAUAUCGUCUCCGUCUACGCCUCGUAUCUGAAAGACGACAACGUCGCCGUGCUCUUCACCGGAGCAGCAGCAGAUCGCAACCUGCACAGUUUCCUAACCGACGAACCGAUCUCCUUCAAACGACUUGCCAAAGAGCACCGUCGCCAAAUCCUGAUUACCUGGCCACACUGUCUCGCAUCCGCAGUCUCCUGGCUGCACUCGCGCGGCUAUGCCCACGGUGCAAUCCGCCCAUCUAACAUCUUCAUCGAUGCAACCUUCCACAUCUGUCUCGGUCAGUUCCAAGCUCUCGACUCACUCCUGACACCGCCACACGUCAACGACCUCGAGGCAUACAACUACUCUGCGCCAGAGCGCUGGACCCGUCUCUUACCGCAAACCGUCCAGCCAAAACCACAGCAGCCAGUGCAAGUGCAGACACUCCUCCCCUCAGGAGGUCGUACAAAGCGCAGACAAAGACCGGGACAUAUAGCGCUGGCGCCGGUAAACGAAAGCCCACUUUCAUCUCCGAGACCAGACUCAGCCAGCUCAAAGGGAACAGUCAUCCGCGUCGGUCUCCCAAAUUCCCCCUCACGCUUCUCCUUCGCCUGCUCCUCUUCAUCUUCAUCUUCCGGUGCCUCGUCAGCUGCAUCAUCCAUAUACCAACACCCAACAAACACAACCACAAAUACACCAACCCAGAAGCAACACCGUCUCUCGACGCUCUGGGCCCGAAGCACGAAAAGAACCCCAUCAAUAAUGUCGUCCACCUCAUCAACCUCCUUACAACCCCAUAUACCCCAAUCAAAAUCCCCCUCUCCCUCACCAACAACAAACAAAACCACCUUCCCCUCCGACAUCUUCUCCCUAGCCGCAAUAACCCUCGACAUCCUGACAACCCUGCACAAAAGAACCCUAACAUCCUUCAGCGCCCACCGCAGCGCCCGGAACCGCUCCGCCGGCCGCGGCGGCGGGAUAGCAGAUGCAUCCUUCCAUCUCGCGCGGAAUUCAGUGCAAGUGCAAUCAUGGAUUGCGCUGUUGGAGGGGGAUGCGCUGAAGCGGUGUCGACGGGAUCGAAGGUCUGAGUGGGCUUUCUGGGCUGUGCCGCGGAUAUUGAUCGUUGUGCGGGCUAUGUUGGAUGGGGAGGUGGGGAAGAGGCCGGGCGCUAGGAGGGUGAGGAGGUUGUUUGGGGAGGCGAUUUUGAGGGGGGAGGGUGGGGGUGGAGGUGAAGGGUUGUUGCAUUGUGGGGUGGUGGAGGAGAUGAUGAUGGAGGGGAAGGGGAUGGAUGGGGAGAUGGAGAGGGCUGAGGUGAGGGCUGUUCCGGUUGUUCCGUCGGAGUCUGCUUCGGAGUUUGAUUUUGGGUUUCCGGAUGCGAGUAGUGAGAGCGAUGUUGAGGAGGAAGAAGAUGAAGGUUCGGAGUUUGAAUAUCACCCUGAGAUACGGGUUGAGCAGGUUUCGCCUCAGCUGUAUUUGCCAGACUUGGAUAUGAACAUUGGGAUGGAAGGGCUGACACUUAAUAAGUAG